UGCCAUCGUUGAUUCUUCCGGAUCCAGGGAAGCCAGCCGAGCCGCCGGGAUCAUGUCGGACGAGGAGUUGAAAGUUCCCGAGGAAAUGUUCAAAGAGGUCAAAUUUUACGCGGUGGGAGACAUCGAUCCCAAGGUUAUCCAGUUUUUGAAAGCUGGAAAAGCUAAGGAAGUUUCCUAUAAUGCACUAGCUUCACAUAUAAUUUCCGAAGAUGGGGACAAUCCAGAGGUUGGAGAAGCUCGAGAGGUCUUUGAUCUCCCUGUAGUAAAGCCUUCCUGGGUGAUUUUAUCCGUUCGAUGUGGAGCUCUUCUGCCAGUGAAUGGUUUUUCUCCAGAAUCUUGUCAGAUCUUUUUUGGAGUCACUGCCUGCCUUUCUCAGAUUUCAUCUGAAGACCGAAGUGCGCUGUGGGCUUUGAUUACGUUUUAUGGGGGGGAUUGCCAGCUGAGCCUCAAUAAGAAGUGUACUCAUUUGAUUGUACCAGAACCAAAGGGGGAAAAAUAUGAAUGUGCUCUUAAGCGAGAAAGCAUUAAAAUUGUGACACCAGACUGGGUCCUGGAUUCAAUAUCUGAUAAAACUAAAAAGGAGGAAGGCUUUUAUCAUCCUCGUCUAAUUAUUUAUGAAGAAGAAGAGGAGGAGGAAGAGGAGGAGGAGGAAGAGGAUGAAGUCGAAAAUGAAGAGCAGGAUUCUCAAAAUGAAGGCAGUACAGAUGAAAAAUUAUCAAGUCCUGCAAGUUCUCAAGAAGGAUCAACAUUAGGUGACCAACCAUUUUCACCUAAAUCAAACACUGAAAAAUCUAAAGGGGAAUUGAUGUUUGAUGAUUCCUCAGAUUCCUCACCUGAAAAACAAGAGAGAAAUCUGAAUUGGACCCCAGCUGAAGUCCCACAGAUAGCUGCAGCAAAGCGCAGACUUCCUCAGGGAAAGGAGUCUGGUUUAAUAAAUUUAUGUGCCAAUGUCCCACCAGUUCCAAGCAACAUUUUGCCUCCGGAUGUCCGAAGUAAUUUAAUGGCUUCAGGACAAGGUAUCCAAAGCUCUGAAAGACCAGAAAUGAUGGCUACUUGGAGUCCAGCUGUACGGACAUUGAGAAACAUUACUAAUAGUGCUGAUAUUCAGCAGAUUAACCGACCAUCAAAUGUAGCACAUAUCUUACAGUCUCUUUCAGCACCUACAAAAAAUUUAGAACAGCAGGUAAAUCAUAGCCAACAGGGACAUGCAAAUGCCGUGUUCUUUAGUCAAGUGAAACUAACUCCAGAGGCACAUUUGUUACAACAGCAGCAUCAGACGCAGCAGCAGCAGCAGCAGCAGCAGCAGCAGCACCAUCCGAUUUUACAUCUUCAACCUCAGCAGCUGAUGCAACUUCAGCAGCAGCAACAACCACCGCAGAUUUCCCAACAGCCUUACCCUCAGCAACAGCCUCAUCAGUUUUCACAGCCACAGCAACAAGUCCAUCAGCAGCAUCAGUUUCCGCAGCAACAGCUGCCGUUUCCACAGCAGCAGUUACAUCCUCAACAGCAGCUUCAUCGCCCUCAGCAACAGCUACAGCAGUUCCAGCAACAGCAUGCUCUUCAGCAACAGCUCCAUCAGCUGCAACAGCAGCAGCUGCAACAGCAACAGUUAGCACAGCUCCAACAGCAGAACCUGCAACAGCAGCAGCAGCAGCAGCAGCAGCAGUUACAGCAGCAGCAGUUACAACGUCUGCACCAACAUCAGCAGCAACAGCAAAUGCAAAAUCAAACAGCACAACAUUUGAGUCAAACAUCACAGGCCCUUCCAUCUCAGCAAACACAGCAGCAGCAGCAGCAGCAGCAGCAGCAGCAGCAGCAGCAGCAGCAGCAGCAGCAGCAGCUGUCACAGCAUCAUCCGCUCUUUGGACAUGAUCCAGCAGUGGAAAUUCCAGAAGAAUGUUUCUUAUUGGGAUGUGUAUUUGCAAUUGCUGAUUAUCCAGAACAGAUGUCUGAUAAACAACUGUUGGCAACCUGGAAAAGGAUAAUACAAGCACAUGGUGGCUCUGUGGAUCCCACAUUUACAAGCAGAUGUACACAUCUUCUUUGUGAAAGUCAAGUCAGUAGUAUGUAUGCACAGGCGGUGAGAGAAAGAAAAAGAUGUGUCACUGCACAUUGGUUAAAUACAGUCUUAAAAAAGAAGAAAAUGAUACCACCUCAUCGAGCCCUUCAUUUUCCAGUGGCAUUCCCACCAGGAGGAAAGCCAUGUUCUCAACAUAUUAUUUCAGUGACUGGAUUUGUUGAUGGUGACAGAGAUGACCUAAAAUUAAUGGCUUACUUGGCAGGUGCCAAAUAUACAGGUUAUUUGUGCCGUAGCAAUACAGUACUCAUAUGUAAAGAGCCAAGUGGUUUAAAAUAUGAAAAGGCCAAAGAGUGGAGGAUACCAUGCGUGAAUGCCCAGUGGCUUUGCGACAUAUUGCUUGGGAACUUUGAGGCCUUGCGACAGGUGCAGUGCAGCCGCUACACAGUGUUCAACCUGCAGGAUCCAUUUGCUCCUACUCAGCAUUUAGUUUUAAAUCUUUUGGAUGCAUGGAGGGUUCCAUUAAAGGUAUCAGCAGAGCUGCUAAUGAGUAUGAGGUUACCUCCUAAACUGAAACAGAAUGAAGUAGCUAACAUCCAGCCUUCUUCCAAAAGAGCCAGAAUUGAAGACAUACCACCUCCCACUAAAAAGUUAACACCAGAAUUGACACCUUUUGUGCUUUUCACUGGAUUUGAGCCUGUCCAAGUUCAGCAGUAUAUAAAGAAACUCUAUAUUCUUGGGGGUGAGGUAGCUGAGUCUGCACAGAAAUGCACACAUCUUAUUGCCAGCAAAGUGACCCGCACUGUAAAGUUCCUGACAGCAAUUUCUGUAGUAAAGCAUAUAGUAACUCCAGAAUGGUUAGAAGAAUGUUUCAAAUGCCAGAAAUUUGUUGAUGAACAGAACUUCACGCUCCGAGAUGCUGAAGCUGAGGUGCUCUUUUGUUUCAGUCUAGAGGAGUCCUUAAAGAGAGCACACGUCACACCACUUUUCAAGGCAAAAUAUUUUUAUAUUACACCUGGAAUUUGUCCUAGUCUUUCCACCAUGAAAGCUAUUGUGGAAUGUGCAGGAGGAAAAGUGUUAUCUAAACAGCCAUCUUUCCGUAAACUCAUGGAACAUAAGCAAAAUAAGAGUUUGUCAGAAAUAAUUUUAAUAUCCUGUGAGAACGAUCUUCACUUAUGUCGAGAAUAUUUUGCAAGAGGAAUAGAUGUUCAUAAUGCAGAAUUUGUUCUUACUGGAGUACUUACACAGACAUUGGACUAUGAAUCAUAUAAAUUUACUUGAUGUUAUCUGAAAAUGUGACCUUUCUUCAGAGCCCUUGGAGCACAAAAUCUGGCUGUCGUAGCUACCGGAUAAAGUUAACCAGUGCUUCCUGCAGAUGCUCUCGUUUUCCAGCUGCUUUCUUUAGGUGGCAAGCCAUUUAAAGCAGGAAAACAAAAUACCUGCAUCUUAUUAAGAUGUGUAAUUUUAUUCUGAGGAAACAUAAAUUAUGUUUUGUAUUAUAUGAAUUUAAGAGCCCACAUUAGGUUUUAUGAUUCCUUUGCCAGUUUUUAAAAUGUUUUAUAUAACUGGUAUAGAACUUCAACCAAAAGUAAAAUAUGGGUGUAAAUAAGGGCCUUGCUAUCUCUUUAAAUUAUGGAUGUUGAAAAAUUAAAAUGUUUUGUACUUUGAUUAUUUUUAUUUCUUAUACUGUUUUCUUUU